AUGUUAAAACUAGAGAUGCAAUUUGAGGCGAAAAAAUUUGAUUCGAGUGACGUCCUAGGGUGGAUAAGACAGUCCCUAGAAAACGAAAAUGUAUCCAACUUAAAUAUACAGCUGAAUGGAUCUUCUGAUGGGAAAAACAAUGGGUUUGCAAGUGACAUGUUGUUCGCCACAGCUACAGGAGUGGACCAGAAGGGUGAUAAAAAGGACAUUCGUCUAGCUAUCAAAGCAAGCAAAGAGUUUGGGCAUGCAGCGAGCGAUGAUUUCUUGAAACUGUUGUUUGAACGAGAAGUUCUGGUAUAUCAACAGCUAUUCCCAACUUUGAAAAAAUUUCAACAGGACAAAAAUAUCACAGCACCCUUCGAUGAUGCUGUUCCCAAAUGUUACAAGACAUUCACUUCUGUUGAUAAUGCAUCUGUGAUAGUCUUGGUUUUGCAAGAUUUGAAUCAAUUAGGCUACAAACUUCAUGAUAAAAUGGUUUCAUUGGACGUACGACAUAUUCGAUUGGUAUUGGAACAGUACAGUAAGUUCCAUGCAUUAUCUUUUGCUUUUCGUGAUCAAAGACCCGAAGAGUUCAAGGCAGUAGCCGAAAAAUUCUUUUGUCAUUCUGAAGGAAUUACUAAUGGCUCUCACUAUUCGUCGGUUAGAGCGAAAAUAUCGCAGAAUUUAAGGGAAGCAUCGAGAGAGGAUUUGGCAGACCAGUUCGAAAAAGUUGUAGAUAGAGGAGUAAAGGAAAUGAUGGUUGAUAUUCUGCGUGAUGAAGUUGAGCAAUCAGUUAUAAUACAUGGAGACUGUCAUAGUAAUAAUUUCAUGUAUAGAUAUGAGGAAGGAAUCCCAACAAAGGUCAUGAUCUUGGACUGGCAACUUUCUUUUCAACACUCACCUAUUCUAGACCUGUCAUACUUCUUGUACCAGGUGGCCGGCGAGAAUCUUAACGAACUCCGUGAGUUGUUAGAGUUCUAUCAUCGUGAACUCACUAAAAAUCUUGAAGCCUUGGGAACCGAUGCCAGCAAGGUUUUCCCAUUUUCAUCCUUGUUAGAACAUUGGGAAAAGUAUUCUUUUUACGGUUUCAUUUUUACGGUCGUAUAUUUGGAUUUGUUUUUCGUGGAAGAAGGUACCAAAGUGAUGUUUGGUAACAGUAACAUGAAAAUAAAAUAUAUAGAAGCAUAUCGGAGGAAGUUGAUUCCAGCGGUAGAUAAUUAUUGUAAUUACAAAUUGUAGUAA